CAGCCUUCCCGCCGUUUUUUACAACUAUUCCAUCCCCUACAGCUACUUUUCGCUAACAAGAUAAUGUGUUUAUUCAGAGGACGUGUGCAGGAAAAAAUGGAAAAGCCUCAGGGACACGUACCUGAAGGAGAAGAGGAAGGAGAUGGAGAAGAGGAGUGGGUCAGCAGCAGGGUCAGUGAAGAAGUGGAAGUACUCACAGAUCCUGGGAUUCCUCAAGCCCUUCGUCACCCCACGGGAGACCACCAGUAACAUGGUGGGGGUCAAGGCCCAGGUCAUAGAGUACAACCACCCCAGGGACCAGGGAGAGGGAGAGGCGGAAGCAGGGGAUACGGAAACAGAGCCUACAGAUAAUGAAGAGGCUGAUCCUAGAUCCCCUGCCGCUUCUCCUGUCUCCCCAGUCCCUGGUACUUCACCCCCUGCUGCUGCACCCACAGGCCAACAGAGGAGGAGAGGCACCCGGCGUCCCCGUGAUGGUCCGUCGGAGGUGGAGCAGACGCUGCUUGAGCUCCUGAGGCGUCCUCCACCACCACCACCACCACUACCACCACAGUCUGCUGAUGAACACUUCCUCCUCAGCCUUCUGCCUUUUCUGCAGAGCAUGCCGCCUCAUACAAAAGAAAUGAUAAAAUUUAAAAUGUACAAAUUGGCGAUGGAAAACAGCACCGUUGUGCUAAAUUUUGAACAAUCGGACCCCCACAGCCCACAGUAGGCUUUAAAAAAAAUGAGGCAGCAGGCUCUGCAGGAAACGCAGAAUGCCCUCCUUCCUCUUCUCCUACAUUUUGUUCCCUGAGGCUCUUCCACGUUCCAAGCGAGGUCCUUUUUAUUUCUGUCUCUGUAAGUAAAUAGUUUGUACAUGUUGU